ACCCUCCCUCCUCCUCGCUCCCGCUCCUCUCGCUGUAGAGGGCUCCGAGAGCAGCUCCCAGCCAGUGUGCUCAGCCUGCCUGCCUGCCGCUGUGUGUGUGUGAGCGCGUGUGCGUGCGUCUACUUUGUACUGCGAGGAACACAGCCCAUGUGCUCUGCAUGGACGUUACUGUUACUCUGUGUAGCUUGAUUUUCCACAAGCAGGCAAGAUGUCCAGCACGCCACACGACCCCUUCUAUUCUUCUCCUUUCGGCCCAUUUUAUAGGAGACACACACCCUACAUGGUACAGCCAGAGUACCGAAUCUACGAGAUGAACAAGAGACUGCAGUCUCGCACAGAGGAUAGUGACAACCUCUGGUGGGACGCGUUUGCCACGGAGUUUUUUGAAGACGAUGCCACGCUGACCCUUUCCUUUUGUCUGGAAGAUGGACCGAAGCGAUACA